AUGGAUUCGACGAAGGUAAAGAAGCGAAAGACUCCUCAAAAUCGAGUCGAAGAAACUGGGCCAAGCAAGGUGAUUGAAGUGAAAUCGAGAAAACGAUCCAGAGAACAAGGAGAACCGAUUAAGAAGAAGAAAAAGAGGGUGGUCGAUCGAUUUGAGGAAUUGGAUGCGGUCGAGAAGAAAGAAAUGAACCAAGAGAUUGCUCAGUUUGAGGGAAGGAAGAGAAAGCAGAAGAACUUUGAACGAGCAAGGCAGACUUUUGAACGAAUACAGGACAAUCGACAGGCAGAAAGGGAGCAGAAAUUCGAUGAAAGGAAGAAAAAAGGUGAAGCAAUUCAACGAUAUCAAGAAGGCAAAAAGAAAAUGCUAAACGCUUUGAAGAAGACAAAUCGAAAGGGACAGCCAAAUUUGAAUGCACAAGUCAGCGUUCUGUUGGAGAAAAUACAGAAGCAAAUGGACAAA